UGAUAACAAAAGUAACCUUAAACCCAGUAUUUCUUCCGGGAUUAUUUUUCCUUGAUUUUUAUUUACUAGUGAUCGACGCUCUUAUAAUAGUAUGUAUUUCUGACUGUUGGUAAAAACCUUAAAUAUCUGCAGAAGGUUAUACAAGAAUGUGAUAAAAAUACGAAAUUUGAAGCUCGUGCAAUAGUUAUUUUUAUACAGAAAGUCCAGUUCACGAUUUACUGGGACAGUUCUCGUAUUAGGAGAAGAAUCAGCACUUUGAGAAAACUGCAAAUAACAAAAUGGAAAGUGUUGAACAAAAUACAGAUAAAAGAAAGAGUAGUACAGUGGCAACUGUUGAAAAGAAUAGUGCUGAAGCGAAUUCGGAUACUAAAAAGGAUGACACCAAUGAUAAACGCGAAGAAUCAAACGUGACUGACAAGCAAUCAGAAAGUCACAAUGAUAAACCUGAAGAAUUAAACGUGGCGGUAAAGCAAUUAGACAGUCACAAUGACAAAGAACCAAGCCAUUCUGGUCAGAAAAGAAAAUCCUCUCCAGAUUCGGACAGUCUGAGAGAAAAGAAAAGGCAAAGGCUAGAUAAGAAAGCUAAAAUCCAUGAGAUAUAUGAAGGCCUUAUUUUGCCGGAGCAUCUAAUGAAAGAACUGGACUACCCAAGGCAAGAUCCAUCUGGGGAACAUGGUCGUGUAAAGUUAUAUGGGAACCAUUUCGGUUUUAAAGAAGGUUACUGUAAAAGAUGCGACAAAUCAUUUGAUACUACAUUCUCUAGAAGAACACAAUGUGACUUUCAUUUGGAGCGGUCAAAAAGAUAUAACGGACGACAACAGCCACAUGGUUGCUGCGGAAGGUCAUAUGGUUCAAGGGGUUGCCGAACUGCACCGAGUCAUGUCCACAAAGGUAACCUAUACCAAGACCUGGAAAACUACAAAGUAACAGAAAAGAAAGAUAACCCAACAGACAAGUACACUAUUUAUGCUGUCGAUACAGAGUCUGUUCAUACGAUGAAGGGUAUAGAAGUGUGUAGAGUUACCGUCGUUGACCGCAAGCUUAAUGUGGUCUAUAACGAGUUUUGUCUCCCUACAACCAAAGUGGUGGACUACAAUACAAUAUGGAGUGGUAUAAGUGAGAAAGACCUACAAGGUGUAACAAAAACAUUUGAAGAUCUUCGAGAGGACAUGCUGAAACUCUUUUCUGCCGACACGAUUCUUGUAGGUCAUGGACUGAGCUCUGAUUUAAUAGCCAUGAAGAUUAUGCACGAAAAGGUGAUAGACACACUGUACUUGUACCCGCAUCAUCGAGGAUGGCCGUUGAAAAGAUCACUGAAGGACAUUGCGCUAUCUGAGCUAGGCAUGCGCAUACAAGACGGAGAUGGUCACGACAGUGCAGAGGAUGCAAUAGCUGCCAUGAAACUUGUUCAGAAGAGAGUUUUGCCGAUGAUUAAACGACUGAAGAAGGAGUAGGCUAGCAUUCUCGUUUUGUGCGUGUCAUCGCGUGCGUGCAUGCGCGUGUGUAUUUCAGAUAUCCCAAGUUCCUAACAUAUUAAUGUCGGUUGUCGGAACCAUAUGAAUACUGUAAAAAGCAAUGUGGCACUAAACCUCACUUUAAAUACCUUUCUGUUUGCACGGGUCAGAAUGAAACACUUUAGAUUGAGUAUUACUCUAAUUUAAUACAUUGAUCAUAAUGAAGGUUCCUUUAAAUUUAUUGUUAUGAUUGCAAAAAUGUUAAAUUAUAUUAAAGGUACAUGAUGCCGAAGCAGUAAAUAACUAAAUUUAUUUUCCGUCUUCAGAAAGGACAAACAUGAGUUUUAUAUAACGUUUAAAUAAUUGUUUAAAAGCAUGUUAAAUGCUUAUCACGUGAAGAGAGAAGUGUUUAAGUAAAGUUAUAUGUCAUAAAAGUAGUAAAAUGUAAACACUUCCAUACAAAAUACUAGUAGUAAAUCACUAGGCCUAUAACUGUUCUAAUUGCCAAAAAGCAGCAUAAGCAAAAGAUGGAUAAGUAAUUGGCCAAUGAGUAACUUUUCAGAAACUGUAACCGGACACCAAAAAUUUGAAGCUUUGAACGCAUUUUUGGGAUAUAAUGGGCAAAUAAUGAAACUAUCAAAUGUAUUAGGCCUAUUUGCUUGCUUAUAAUUAUGUUCUGAUUUAAAUGUGAAAAAAAUGUUUUAACUAUUUCAA